AAAUUGUGUAAAGACAUGACUUGUAUGGUGAAAUUUGACAAUCAUUCUUAUGUAUUUCAGGACUUGGUUUUGGAGAAAUCGAUUAGCAAUGCUAGGAUGGAUUCAGGUUUCUACUAUCUUGCAUUUGACCCACCUACCUCAAAUAGACAAGCUUUUAAUGCUAAUCCAAGGAAGGAGGUGAAUGCAAUGUUGAAGAAGGAGGCCGAUUACUUUGGUGAUAUUGUGAUCUUGCCAUUUAUGGAUCGUUAUGAGCUUGUAGUUCUUAAAACAAUUGCUAUUUGUGAGUAUGGGGUCCAAAAUGUUUCUACUUCCUACAUAAUGAAAUGUGAUGAUGACACAUUUAUCAGGAUCGACAGUGUCUUGAAAGAAAUUAAGGGCAUUUCUCCGGAAAAGUCCCUUUAUAUGGGUAAUUUGAACCUCUUACAUCGUCCUCUUAGGAGUGGAAAAUGGGCAGUCACUUAUGAGGAAUGGCCAGAAGAAGUAUAUCCACCUUAUGCCAAUGGGCCUGGGUAUAUAAUUUCCGGUGACAUUGCAAAAUUCGUUGUUUCUCAGCAUGCAAAUCGAAAGCUACGGCUUUUUAAGAUGGAGGAUGUGAGUAUGGGAAUGUGGGUUGAACAGUUCAACAGCUCUACGACCGUCCAGUACUCCCACAACUGGAAAUUUUGUCAGUACGGAUGCAUGGAGAACUAUUAUACCGCACAUUACCAAUCUCCACGACAGAUGAUCUGCCUAUGGGACAAGUUGGCGAGAGGUCGAGCUCAAUGUUGUAAUUUUAGAUGACCCUACUCAUGCUUCCAGAUCGUUUUACCUUUCCUCCUCCAAAAUUUUGUCCAUUGAGGUGCACUUUACUCAGACUUUGAAGGUACUGCCUCCAUUUCGGAACGGGAAUAUACACUAUUUCUCGAUGCAAGUUGAUACAAUCGGCAAUCAGGUCAUCAUUUUUUUGUACAAUUCUUACUAAACUGUACAUGCUUUACACUUUCAAUGAGUGAGUUUAGAUGCAAUUAGUGAAGAAGCAAUCAGUUCCAGGUUUUUUCA